AUGUUCUUGAUUUUCACUCAAACAAUUGAAAUAAAUGUGAGUCACAACAAGAAACAAGUCUCCAAUGGCCAUGAGCUUUUCCCUUCCUUUGUCUCUUCCAAGCCUAGGGUUGAGAUCCAUGGCGGUUAUCUCAGAUCCUUCUUCACCUUGCUUGACAUGUGCGCCGAUACUGGAUGUGAAGGUCUGAAGGAUAAAGCUGUGUAUUCUUUCAUCAAGAAGUAA